AUGAACAACCACGCGACGCUGCUCUGUGUCGUCUUCCUCGUCACAAGUCAUACAGUUGAAAGCAAGAGUAAAACGCGAAAGUUUCCACCUGACUUUAUAUUUGGAGCUUCAACAUCUGCCUAUCAGGUUGAAGGAGCUUGGCACGAAGAUGGUAAAGCCGUUUCGAUAUGGGACGUAGCCUGUCACAAACAUCCUUCUCCCAUCAAAGACGAUAGUACGGGCGAUGUGUCGGCGGACUCCUACCACAAAUUCCAUCAAGACGUCAGAGCGGCUGCAGACCUUGGCCUGGACUUCUACAGGUUCUCCAUAUCCUGGCCCAGAGUCCUACCCAAUGGAUUCGGUGAUAAAAUAAACCAAUACGGCAUUGACUACUAUAACGAUUUGAUAGAUGACCUGUUAUCCAAAAACAUCACCCCAAUGGUGACGAUAUACCAUUGGGAUCUGCCAUAUAACUUGCAAAAAUUAGGAGGAUGGACUAAUCCGUUAAUCAUUGAGUGGUACACAGAUUACGCGAAGUUCUUGUUCGAAAGAUUCGGUGAGAAAGUCAAGUAUUGGAUCACUAUUAAUGAUCCCAAGGAGAUAUGCGCAAAAGGAUAUGGCUCCGACACUCAAGCGCCAUUCUUGAACAUUACUGGAGUUGCUGAGUACUUGUGUGCUCGCAACGUACUCAUCGCCCAUGCUAAGGCGUAUCAUAUCUAUGACGAGCAGUAUAGGAAGAUGCAAAACGGCUCAGUUGGUAUAUCUCUUGGUUUUGUGUGGUAUGAGGCUGCAUCUGACACUUCUGAAGAUCACCAAGCUGCUUAUGAUGCUAGACAAUUCGAAUGGGGUCUAUACGCUAAUCCAAUAUUUUCAAAAAACGGAAACUUUCCAGAAGAUGUGAAGAAGAGCGUUUCAUUUAAGAGCGCUGAACAGGGCUAUCCCAGAUCCCGGCUACCAGUGCUAUCGCCCAAAGAAAUCGCAAUGCUGAAAGGGUCAGCAGACUUUUUAGGUGUGAAUGCGUUUACGACGAAGCUGACAUACAGAGAUGCAUCUUUAGACGGCAUGUAUCCUACGCCUUCUUACAUGGAUGAUAUGGGUGCUGUACUAGUGAAGGAUCCUUCGUGGACGCAGUCUCAUUCUGGCUGGUUGCAGGAAGUGCCAUGGGGAUUUUUCAAACUAUUUAUGGAAAUUAAAAUCUUAUACGACAACCCACCUGUCUACAUCACUGCAAAUGGUUGGCCUAAUGAUGGGGGAUUGCUCGAUGAAGACAGGAUCAGAUAUAUGAGAAAUUAUCUAAAUGCGAUGUUGGAUGCUAUAAACGAGGGUUGUGAUAUUAGAGGCUACAGCAUGUGGUCCCUCAUCGAUACUUUUGAGUGGCGACAUGGAUAUUUAGACAAAUACGGCCUCUACCAAGUGGAUUUCUCAAACUCAGAAAAGACGCGUACACCAAGAAAGUCUGCGUUUAUUUACAAACAAAUUAUCAAGUCAAAGGUAUUGGAUCCGGACUUCGAACCAGAAUCGUUUAUAGUAGAAGUAAUUAAAGAAAGUCAGGAAAAAGGCCGAGUGGAUAACGAUGUCUUGUAAUCACAUGUAAAAUACAACGGUUUACUUAAUAAAAACGGCAAAUGAUUUUCA